AUGACAGUUCCCUUGGGCCAAAGCCUGCAGCAGAAGCCCCAGUCCGUUGGAAAGCAGGAUUUAGAGUUCUGGGCCGGUCUCCAGUCUCCAGUGCCGAGUGGGAGAGUGCAAGUGCCCAAAGCCGAGGGAUUUGCCAGGAUCACAGCAGCAGAGACAGCAAUUUGUCUGAGAUCAGAGGCCGUCAGUACCCAGAUACCGGAUUCUGGAAGGCCGCAAUACCUGGAGCUGCGACCAGCCCCUGCCGAGGGGCUGGGCACUGCCAGCCUCUGGAGCUGGGCCUGGCCGGCUAACCACACAGGGGCGCUGGCCCGGGCUGGGGCGCCAGGGGCGCUGCCUGCUCAGAGCAGCAAGAGGAAGCCGUCCAUCAAAGCGGCCCGCGCCAAAAAGAUCUUCGGCUGGGGGGACUUCUACUUUCGGGUUCACACCCUCAAGUUCUCGCUGCUGGUGACUGGCAAGAUCGUGGACCACGUGAACGGUACCUUCAGCGUGUAUUUCCGCCACAACUCGUCCAGCCUGGGCAACCUCAGUGUCAGUAUCGUACCGCCCUCCAAACUCGUGGAGUUCGGGGGCGUCUGGCUGCCUGGGCCUGCCCCCCACCCUCUGCAGUCCACGCUGGCCCUGGAGGGGGUGCUUCCUGGGCUGGGGUCCCCGUUGGGGAUGGCAGCGGGUCCGGGGCUUGCAGGCCCUCUUGGGGGCGCACUGGCGGGCCCCAUCGGGGGUGUGCUGGGAGUGCCUGGGGCCAAAGAGUCCCGUGCUUUUAACUGCCACGUGGAGUACGAGAAGACGAACCGCGCGCGCAAGCACCGCCCCUGCCUGUACGACCCUUCGCAGGUGUGCUUCACCGAGCACACGCAGAGCCAGGCUGCCUGGCUCUGUGCCAAGCCCUUCAAAGUCAUUUGUAUCUUCGUCUCCUUCCUCAGCUUUGACUACAAACUGGUGCAGAAAGUGUGCCCAGACUAUAACUUCCAGAGCGAGCACCCCUAUUUCGGAUAGCGCCCUUCCCCCGGCCCUGAGCUUCCCACCAAAUCCCAGCCUACAGGGAGCAGAGAGGGACAGCCCUCCCCGGACUUCAGCCAGCACAGUUCCCCUUGCCCUUACCGGGAGUGCCCAGGAGGUCGGGGAAGCAGCCCCCCUGGCCCUGGGCCGGGCA